CUGUAAGAGCUAGCGUGGUGGGUGCUGUGGUCCUUGUCGGGUUCUGCCAUGGCAUACAGGGGCCAGGGCCAGAAAGUGCAGAAGGUGAUGGUGCAGCCCAUCAACCUCAUCUUCAGAUACUUGCAGAAUAGAUCCCAGAUUCAGGUGUGGCUGUACGAGCAGGUGAAUAUGCGGAUAGAGGGCUGUAUUAUUGGUUUUGAUGAGUACAUGAACCUUGUAUUAGAUGAUGCAGAAGAAACUCAUUCUAGAACCAAGUCAAGAAAACAACUGGGUCAGAUCAUGCUGAAAGGAGAUAAUAUUACUCUGCUGCAAAGUGUCUCCAACUAAAAAUGAUCAGUGAAUUAAGACAGCAGUGAGAAGCAAUGGCAGGCAAUUAAGAUAAAUGUCAAUUACAGUGUGUACCCAUAUAAAAAAGGCAACUGAUUAAGUGGUUUGCCUUGGGAGUAUUUGUAAAAUGUUUGUUCAUAUUGUUUUGUCUACCCUUAUGUUUUUACUGGGGGCAAUAAAUGUAGGGUUGUUUUUAUU